GCAUACUGUGCUCCUACAAGGAACUUUACGACUGGCAUGAACAUCUCUGAAGCCGACUCUUCCACAACCAUGGACUUGCCUCGAGGACUCACACCUGGCAAACAAAAUCUCCGCAGCGAAACAGAUAACACACCUGGAAGAUGCUGUUCCUCUGACUUGUCAAAGAAAUGCUGCCCUUACGAUUACGAUGACAGCAAAUGUGGAAUCUCUGAUAACAGAACUCUGUGUGGUUACAAUAAAAACCUGGAAAAACCUAAAGUAAUUGAAACGACUACAGUUAAAUAUGGUCUUAUUUGUCGGCUUGUAAAUGAUCGAUUAGAGUGUGGAUAUGAUAAAGGAUCCCCUGUCGAUGAACCGGUUACACAAGAACUCAUAACAGGAAAUUCAAAACUUACUUCAACUGUAACUUCAGAAAAGAUUACCUCUAAAGCUACUAUAGGAACGAGUACCGAAACAACAAAAAAAAGCACCACAACUAAAAUUAUAACGGAAACUGCAGAAAAAACUACUAGCACCACGCCUACAACAAAAACAGAGACUACAAGAGAAACCACAACUACACAACAAACCACAACUACAAAACAAACCACUACCACAACACAAACCACCCCUACAAGACAUACUACUAUUGAAGAACCCACAUCUCAAAGUGCUAUUCCAGGAAACUGUUGCUCUUCGAAUUUUUCAAAAGGUUGCUGUCCCUACGACUAUGAUGACAGCAAUUGUGAGAUUUCUGACAACAGAACAGUAUGUGGCUACAAUAAAAAUCAGAAAAUGCCAGACGAUGAUACAACCAAGCAAUUUACUAAGCAAGGAUUAAACUGUCAAAACAGAGACGAUCGAGUGGAGUGUGAAUACAAUAAACGAUCUGAUAUUACCGAUAGCUUUACUCCUUCAACUAAAUCACACAGUAAAAAGCGUUUAAUCCACAAGGUACGCCCAAAGACUAGGCGUAUAACAUCAACUUCAAAGGUAACAGAAGCAACACUCCCGCAAACAAGUACGCCAACAACAACGACAGAAAUGAAAACAACAACACCACCAACAACAACAGCACCACCAACAACACCAUCAACAACAAUACCACUAACAACAACACCGACAACACAACACCGACAACACCAACAACAACACCGACAACAAUACCAACAACAACAGCAGCAACAACAAAGGUGAAGUUGACAACAGGGCGCCGCACUACCAUAGAAUGCGUUGAGAUUCACUCCAAAAAGGCUUGUCGCGUUAUUCGUAUCGAUGAAGAAUUAAAUUAUGAAUAAACGCAAAUAUAUACAAAAAUAAAGAUAUACUUGU